AUGAGUCGGAUGGCAAUCUUGCCCAAUGGCAAAAUACGGCUGUUGCCAUCUCAGAUUGGCGAUUACUGGGACUCUUCACUAGAAUGGUUUGAUUCUCUGUCGAGAAGGAACCAAUUGUUGAUAACAUUAGGAGCUGGAGCAAUUGGAGCGAUUUCCUUGGUCUUUCUAUGGGACAACAGUACAAAGAGAUCUCGUAUAAAACGACUGAAACGUGAAAUAGGCGUAGAGCUAUCUCGAUCAGCAUCUGAAACGGGAUUGCAAAACAUCAGAUUGCAUGGUCGAAACCAACUGAAUGGAAUUCUGUCAGAUCACAAUGAUGGAAAUGCGAUGGAAGAUCAGCAUGCUACUACUCCUGCUGAGGAAAUGCUGAUCAGAGAACAGCUUACGAGGAAUUAUUCGUUUUUGGGUGAAGAUAGAAUGGCCAAAGUUCGCAAAAGCUUUGUAGUCGUGAUAGGGCUUGGUGGAAGUCAUGCGGCUCAUAUGCUGGUUCGAUCAGGAGUUGAGAGGAUUAGAUUAGUUGAUUUCGAUCAAGUAACACUAUCCUCGCUCAACCGUAAUGCUGUUGCAACUCAGUCGGACGUUGGAAUGCCAAAAGCAACCUGUAUGAAAUCACAUCUGCUAGACAUUGCACCACAUGCGUACAUAGAUACAAGAAUCGAGUUGUUUUCAAGUGCGACUGCUGAAACUCUGCUAUCUGGAAACCCGGAUUAUGUGCUGGAUUGUAUUGAUAAUAUUGACACCAAGGUUGAGUUGAUUCAUUAUUGCAUGACAAAUAAUAUUAAGAUUGUAUCCUCUAUGGGAGCUGGAGCCAAAUCUGAUGCUAGUCGAGUACAGAUUGCGGACAUAUCAGAUACACAAGAGGACCCACUAGCCCGUUCAGUACGAAGGAGGUUGCGUGCUGUGGGUAUAGAAAGUGGACUGCCUGUGGUAUAUAGUGCUGAGAAGCCAAAUGAUGUGAAGCUCCUUCCACUGACAGAAGAGCAAAUGGCGAAUCCAGAUGAAUAUGCUGCACUCCCCGACUUUAGAGUUAGGAUACUACCAGUGUUAGGCACGCUGCCAGCUUUGUUUGGGUCAGCGAUGGCAUCACACGUUCUGGUUCUCAUCUCAGGAUUUCCAGUGGAGCCCCUAGUCGUAAUCGCUAGGCACGCAACCAUUGUGAGAAUGCACCGAGAUAUCUCGACACGUGAAAUAGAUCACUUUGCCAUAAAAUACCCUUCCAAGCGAUUGACCGUCUCUGACGUUGGCUAUAUAUUUGAAGAGAUAUGGAACUCACGGUCUGCUCUGUCUGGUAAAUUUGAUGGUGUGCUCUUGACUCGAUGGGAUAUUAGAAAGGCGGCUGGCUUUGGUAAUUUGAUAUGUCUAACGAAGAGUGAGGCAUUGAAGCAUGAAGCUCUGGAUCCUGAUCAGAGGGAAGAGUACUAUGGAAAAGAGUUUUGUGAGAAGGUUGCUGCUCGGUUUGAAAAGGAGCGACAUUUGAAUAAGUGGAGGGAAAUUGAAUAG